AUGGCUCGUCCCGUCGACGAGAUCACGCCGCUGCUCACCAGUGACGACAAAAGCGGCAAGCCUCGUCUUGACCGCCACCGCAGUGUGUGGAAAUCCUUUGUGCUGAUGGGGGCGCUGAGUCUCGGCGUCUGGACCCUCGCGCGGCAGCAAACUCGAUCUCCCACUGACAUUGUCGACGCCACAGUGUCACUUAAUGACAGGGCUAGGGCUGUGGAUUAUGAUGCGGAUGACGUGGCAUUUCUAUCCAGUUUAGAAAUGAUGAAAAAUCCACUCGUCGACCCUUGUGUGGACUUUUACGAGUACGCGUGCGGGGGGUGGCUGAAAACCCAUGACAUCCCAUUGGACCGUCCCAGCAUCGACGCGUCCUUUUCGGUCGUCUCGGAGCACAAUAAGGACACAAUCCAAAACCUUGUUGCGCGCAAUCCGCCUCAAAUUGGACCCUUGUACCACUCUUGUCUCAAUGGCGAGGAGGUGGACGGGCGUGCUAUUGCAUUUGUCACGCAGCUAUUGCAUCAGAUUCACCGUGCUAACUCUAGUCUGUUUUUGCUGGAGGUAGCCGGUGAAAUGGACCAAUCUGUUGGUAUCAGUACGUUCUUUAGCCUCUCUGUGGGUGCUGACCCACAUGAUCCGACUAUCAACGUCCUUCAGUUGGCCCAAGGCGGACUAACGCUACCAUCGAGAGAAUACUACUUGGAACAAAGCAAAGUGGAUGCUUACGCGGCUUUCUAUGUGGACUAUGUGGACAAACUGUUCGCAGUGGGAGGUCUGGACCAGCACAAUAGCAGCGGGUUUGCAGCAGCAGUGCUAGAAAUUGAAACAGCAUUUGCUACGUUUUCGAUGCCAAAUGCAGCACUGCGCGACCCGUGGUCGACUAAUGCGGUGUAUUCGAUUGCGGAGAUUGCUCAGAAAUACCCCUUUUUGAUGGCGUAUUUGAAUGGGAUUCACAAACAUGAACCGUUUCCGAUGCACAACGCGAUCAUUGCAACGCCGGACUUCUUUACUGCGCAAAAUAAGCUGCUUAGCGAUGUAUCACUGCUACCGAGGCUGAAGCACUACUUGAGUUUUCACGUGAUCGACUCGUUUGGGGCACUUUUGGGUGAGUAUUUCCGCCGGGUAAGUCAUGGUUUUCAUGGCGAAAUUCAAGGCGCAGGGGAUCUACUUCCCCGCAAUCAGUUCUGCUUGCACUUGACAACUGCUCUCCUUGGAAAUGAAGUAGGAAAGUAUUACAUGAAUGAUGUCUUCGGCCCUGAUGCAAAGGCUGCGGCUGAAACGCUGGUGGGAGAGAUUGAAGCUUCUCUCAAGGCUCUACUACUGACAGAGUCAUGGCUGGAUAAAGUCACAUAUGAUGCAGCUGUAAAGAAGUUGGACAAGGUCAAAAAUUACAUUGGAGGUCCAGAUUAUGUGCCACCACUGCCAUUUAAGCUUCAAGCCGACGCGUUCUUCGACAACGUAAAAAGGUUGAUGCAGUUGAGUGCUGCAAAAGCCAUAAGCUCGAUCGGUAAGCCAGUAGAUGAGCAGGCCUGGGGUAUGUAUCCGUCAACGGUAAACGCCUACUACGACCCAAGCGCAAACAAGAUGGUCUUCCCUGCAGCUAUCUUGCAGCCUCCAUUCUACAGUGCUGAGCAUUAUCCUGCUGCAGCAAAUUUUGCUCGUAUUGGAAUGGUGAUGGGCCACGAACUUUCACAUGGGUUUGACGACCAAGGACGAAACUAUGACGGCAAUGGGGCUCUCCGUUCGUGGUGGACUCCGUCGGUUUCUGCCGAGUUUACCAAAAAGACACAGUGCUUGGCAGCUCAGUACUCAACCUUUCCGGUAGUAUCUGCUGAAGACGGACAUGUGCUAGGAACAGUGAAUGGCAACUUGACGCUGAGUGAAAACAUAGCUGACAACGGGGGUAUUCGUCUCGCAUACGAAGCAUAUCAUCUCUGGAAACGUACGUCUGCACAUCCACCGACCGUGCCUUCUUCUAGGGUACUGUCUGGUACUGUCAUAUCUGAAGCAGCAGUAGCGUUGCCGCUAGACGAGCACAGCGAACAAGGAAGCCGUGUAUCUUACCACCAUCGUGAUGUUAAGAAAGACACUGGCGACCGUCUCACUAGCAAGCAUCGUAAGGAUCUGGUGGAUCGCAAGGAGGGGAGCAAAACUGACCAUCCCGGUAAUUCAAGCGACUAUGCCAAUGAUGUCAAUGGAGACAGCGAUCAGCAAGAGCACCGCAAGCAUGUUACCGAGGGCGAACGUCAUGAAGGGCACAAGAUUGGAAACAGAAAGCCUGACCAUCACGAGGAAAAGAAGCACCAUCAUAACGGCAACAGCGGGGUUCGUAGAUCAAAAGAUCACAAAAUACCUCUCCACCAUCGUGACGACGAUAUCAACAUGGAUCGUGGUUUGGGACACAACGAGAAGAACAGCCACUAUCACGAAAAAGAGCGCGAAGAGCAGUCAGACAACUGUGAUGACUGCGGACGAAAGAAGCGCGUCCAACACCACGACAAGAGUGAAAGUGACUGGAACAAGAAGAACGUGCGUUACGGAUGUGGCAAAGAAGACGGUGAUUGUGGUGCAACGCGGACUCUUUCAGAUUCUGAACAUCCAUUUUCUGGAGACGACAUGAGGACGCAAAGUAUGGUAGAGACGUUGGCGCGUGCGAUCGCCCAGCCUGACGACCUUGAGGCAGAUGAUCGCUUGUUUUUUACAGCGUUUGCUCAAGAUUGGUGCGAGAAGCGUACACCUAAAUAUGCGGAGCUAUUGCGGACGAUUGACCCUCACUCGCCUGGAAAGUGGCGCGUGAACGGUCCAUUGAUGAACUACGACAAGUUUGCAGAGACCUUUUCAUGCUCCGUGGGAACUCCAAUGAACCCAGAAAAGAAGUGCGUCAUCUGGUAA